AAAUGAAGGUUAACCAGACGCCGCCAUGAAGGUUAACCAAACUGAUUUUUGGCACAUCCAGUUUUGUGCCCGUUUUGUGGUCUACGUCCUGUGCCUAUGUUGAUUUUGAAUUAGUUUUGUCGUUUAGUAAACAACAGAAUAACAACAAUAUAAAUCAUAUUAAAAAGUUAAAGAAUUUAACUGUAGCAUACCGGUAAUUUGGGAAUGUAGUUGAUGACAAAUACGUCGAACGAUUGUAUUUAGUAAGCUGCCAACGAUUUGUAAACUUGAAAUCUUUGAACACCAAAGAAAUGACUACUUGGUGAUUUAUUACAAGCUCACAUGCAAAGGCCUAUUCAUCUAAUAUAUUCUAUUUUCAUUGUAAGGACAUCAGUUAACAUCAUUUUACCAACAACUCGAGCAAGAUUAUUACACCAGAUGGAGAAGAAACUUGCUGUUUUCGACUUUGAUCACACAAUAAUCAAUGAUAAUGCGGAUGUCGUGGCUGUGGGUAUGCUGAAUCCAAAAAGUAUUCCAAAUGAUAUCUCUAAGCUCCACAGGUCCGACGGUUGGACAGCCUAUAUGCAAGGAAUCUUUAAUUUACUUCACCAAACAGGAAUUACAGAAGAUAGGAUACGCAAGACUAUAGAGGCGCUUACAGAAGUUCAAGGAAUGUGUAGGCUUAUAAGAGAACUUAGUGAGGACUUAAAUUAUGACGUCAUUAUUGUAAGUGAUUCAAACUCUUAUUUCAUAGAGACCUGGUUGGCAGUUAAUAAACUACAAGAUAAUGUGUUAAAAGUUUUUAGUAAUCCAGCCAAGUUUGACAAGAACGGGCUAUUAGUCAUCAGUAUGUACCAUUUACAAGAAACUUGUAAAUUAAGUACUAAAAAUAUGUGCAAAGGCCAAAUUAUGCAAGAUUUUAUUACAAAAAUGAAGAAGCAAGGUACUAAUUACGAAAAAGUGGUAUACUGUGGUGAUGGAAUGAACGAUUUUUGUCCAAUGUUACGCUUAAAUGAGACUGAUUUAGCUUGUGUAAGAAAAGGUUUCAAAUGCGAGGAUAUAAUAAGAAAAUCUAAAGAAGGGACUUAUAAGGACGCAUUAGGAAUAACUCGGGUUGUGAAUUGUGAAGUAUUAUAUUGGAAUAAUGGUGAUGAUAUUUUAAGUUUUAUUAAACAUUUUUAAAAUCUUA